GAGACGUCAGGAAAUUCCUGGAACUAGUCGGACGAGAAUUACGGCAUCUUCUAUCCACCGGCUCCUGGUUUAAACGAUAAGCCCACCACCCUAGACAGAGGAAAAAAUGUCCUCCUCGCCCCGACUCACCGGUUACACGCUGCGCCCAUCGGAGACAUCGACCACGGUGUCGGUAACGCUCAACAGCUGCGGUACGGGCAUCAAAAAGCUUAGCAUUAACGACAGCGUCAAAUCGGCGGGAAGUGCCAAUUCCGAUCCCCUCGAGUCCGAUUUUAGUGGCGAAGAGGAAGAGGAGGAAGAGGAAGAGGAGGAGGAGGAAGAGCAAGAUUUAGAGGGCGACGAGGAGGAUAAGGAGGAGUCCGAGGACGAGGACGACGAACAGGAAGAGGAGGACAGUGUGCGACAAGAUCGCAACAAGGCCGAGAGUGUACGAUUGAGGCUAGCAGAGCAAGGGAAAAUCGACAGCACACAGCGGGACGUGGACGACGACGACGACGAGGAGGAGGAGGAGUCCUCCGAGAGUGACAAAGCGCUACGUCACAGCCCGCCAAGAAACACCCGCAAACAAGCGUCCACCUCUUCCGGCGACGGGGACGAAGACGGGCGGGAAUCUGCACUGAGCAGAGGGGUGGCAAAGCAGCAGCACCGUCAAAAUGGUGCCGGCAACCGACAGCCACCCCGAGGUCCUGCUGCUGACGCUGACGAUGCUGAUGAUAAUCGGUGCGGCGGCGAUAGCGAUGAUGAUGGUGGCGAUCUAUCUGAUAAGAAUAAUAAUAUCGGCGCAGCUGUUCGCCGCAAACAACCGGAGGACUAUGCUUUGGAUGAUUUUCAAAUACUGAAAACGAUAGGCACGGGCACAUUCGGGCGCGUCUGUCUCUGUCGGGAUAAGAUCACCAACAAGUACUGGGCGAUGAAGAUACUGGCAAUGGCGGACGUUAUACGGUUGAAGCAAAUCGAGCAUGUGAAAAAUGAGAAAAAUAUCCUGCAAGAAAUCGAUCAUCCUUUCAUUGUGAACAUGCGAUGGAACUCAAAGGACGACUGCUGUCUGUACAUGCUGUUCGAGUUCGUCAGUGGCGGUGAGCUGUUUUCCUACCUGCGGAACGCGGGACGCUUCGAUAGCGGUACCGCGAACUUCUACGCUUGCGAGAUUGUGCUUGCGCUCGAAUAUCUUCACUCGCUGUCGAUCGUGUACCGUGAUCUGAAGCCGGAAAACCUGCUGCUCGAUCGGGAAGGCCACAUGAAGAUUACCGACUUUGGGUUCGCGAAAAAGCUGAAGGAUCGCACCUGGACGUUGUGCGGUACGCCCGAGUACCUUGCGCCGGAAAUCAUACAGUCCAAGGGCCACAACAAAGCCGUCGACUGGUGGGCACUGGGUGUACUUAUUUAUGAGAUGAUCGUUGGUUAUCCUCCAUUCUACGACGACAAUCCGUUUGGAAUAUAUGAAAAAAUUCUCAGUGGCAAAAUUGAAUGGUCACGGCAUGUCGACCCGAUCGCGAAGGAUCUCGUCAAGAAGCUGCUAGUGCUGGAUCGUACCAAGCGUUUGGGCAAUAUGAAGAACGGAGCAGAAGAUGUUAAAAGACACCGGUGGUUUAAGCAUUUGGACUGGAAUGUCGUGAUACGAAAGCAGCUUAAACCACCAAUUGUUCCCACGUACGUGUUUAGCUCGAAAGAGGACGAUACGAGCAACUUCGAUGACUAUCCCGAGACGGAUUGGAAGUCGGUGAGAUCGUUGGACAAGAUCGAGAUGCAGUUGUUUGAGGAUUUCUAAACUCUACGAUCCAAAGUUUACGGAUCCAAACGAAAGUCAAAAAUAAAGAGAACUCCUUUCUAUUAUCGGAGGGACUAAUGGAUAAUGUAUGCCUGCAGGAGUUACUUAUAUACUACAGUCUGUAUAAUGCUCAUUCGGUGUGUUUGGCGGUCUCGACCACCGUGAACAAGAAAGCACGCACAGCAACGGACACGUUGAUAGUCAAUGUACAUAGUUUUAGUAUGUUUAGAUUUGUUUUAAUCGUUAGUUCCUGUUCCUUUGCCCUGCGUUUUUUUGUAAGAAUGCCUCACUGCUGUAUUACUUAAAUUACACUAAAACAAAUCCCUAAGGAUCGUUCCUUUCUGCGCAAAAGGAAUAAUGAUGUAACAGUAAUAAAAAAAAGUACUAUCGGCCAAAACCUACCCGGGUCCUUAUAGUCUGACUGUGUGGAAUAAUGCGCUAGAAAGAUGGGGAAUAGUGUACAUUUUCCCCCCUGCCCUUGAUUUGUAGACCAUGGUUAUGCAUUGCUGUAACCUUAAGUUUUAAUCCAACAUAUGUACUGUGAUAGGAAAAUAACAACACACUGUAGACAGCAGAGAUAGCGAAGCCCCGCUACAACUUACACUGCGUAAAUGCGUAAAAAAAAUGCGUAAAAUAAAAUGUUGUUGGAAAAUGGUUCAUAAAACAGCUGCUACAAAUCGUUGAAAUACUCGAUGAUAUUUAGGAAGGUAGUGAAGGUGUGUGAGUGUGUCUACUGCAAUAGCCAAAUAUAGUAAACCGUUAAGCGUUUGUGCUGAUUGUUCGAAAUGAUUCAUACCACAAAUGUAACUGAUAUAGUGGAACAGUGAAGUAACAACAAACUAUUUUAAAAAAUAGUCACUUAUACGUAAAUGAUCGUAUUGCAUUGACGUGUCUAUAAUUUUCACUUCACUAUCGCUCACCUUCAGAGCCCAACACCCGAGAACUGUAUUAAACGUCACACCAUAUAUCAUACACUAUCACUGGAGCGUUGCUUUGCUGAAAUA